AGCCAAUCGGAGAGAGGCAGUGGCUCCCUGUGCACAGAGGACAUACAGUACUGUAGCUCAUGCAAACAUGCCUGAAGUUCCCUGCAGGGACCCCGAGUGCUCAGAAAAUACUCCAAAGAAAAGAAAGCGAGAGGACAUCGACGGGUUUUCCCCCAAAAAGAAAUCGCGCUGGGGUAUUUUGACCAGUCAAGGUUCAUGGGCGGAUCGAUCCCCACUCCACGAAGCUGCGUGUCAGGGUCGACUACUGGCACUUAAGACCCUUCUCUCACAGGUUUACACACAAUACUUUCAGCAGUUUAAAUUGGGUUACAAUGCAAAUAUCAUCACCAUUGAUCAUGUGACUCCACUGCACGAAGCUUGUCUCGGAGAUCAUGUAGCGUGUUCCAGGGCUCUCAUAGAGGCCGGUGCCAAUGUAAAUGCCACCACCAUUGAUGGCGUGACCCCGCUGUUCAACGCCUGCUCAGCAGGAAGUGUCACUUGCACUGGAGUACUAUUGGAACAUGGAGCAAAACCACAGGCGGAAGCAUGCCAACCUUCACCUAUUCAUGAGGCCUCCAGCAAAGGCAGGGCAGCAUGUGUGGAGGCUCUCAUCUCAUGGGGAGCGGAUGUAGAUUAUGACAUCCCUCAUUUAGGAACGCCGCUCUACAUUGCCUGUAUCUCCCGGGAACUCCAGUGUACACAGAAACUUCUGGACGGAGGUGCCAAUGUACAGAAGGGCCGUUUUUUGGAAACACCCCUUCACGCCGCAGCACAGAAGGACUGCCCAGAAAUUGUAAGAGUGCUACUAGACUUUGGAGCUAACAUCAACGCUCGCAACGUGGAGCUACAGAGGCCGGUGGAGACAGCGCCACCCAGCAGUACAGCAGAGAGCAUGCUUCUGCUUUAUGAGGCCACACCGAGGUCUCUGUGUCAGUUGUGUAGACUAAGCAUUCGAAACUACAUGGGCCAAUCCAGACUGCAUCUGAUCACUCAUCUCAAACUUCCUAAUCUUCUGAAGAGUUUCCUUCAGUACAGAUAGACCUCUACCUCUCCACAAAACCCUCCCACUAUUUCUCUCUAUUUUCUUAUAUUAAGUGCAUGACUAUAUGUCAAUGAUAGGUCACCUAACUUGCCACACUUGCCAUUUAUUUAACCUCAGUUAAGUAAAAAAACAGAUAUAUUUUUGUGCAACUGAUAAACAUUAGUUCUAUUUUGGUUAAUGAAAUCUUUACAAUAUGUGCAUCAAUGUUACCUGCAUGUCUUUGUCUACUAUGAUACCAUUUUACCUGGAAAUGGAAUUGCUACUGUUAUGCCUCGAUGUGCAAUGCAAGCAAUAUGCAGAAUGCACAAAAAUGAUGCUGUUUUGGUUUUUACAGUAUCCUGUUGAUCCUAUAACACUAUAACAAAGAAUUGUCUGAAUAAGAUUGUCACUAAACAUUUUUGCCCAAACACAUCAUGGUAAGAAACAUAACAAAUAAAUGCAAAUAUUUAAAACUUGAUGGCUUUGCU